AUGAUAAUUUUUAAAAAUAAUAAAGCCACAACACGAAGCAAGAACCGAAAGGCGUUUUCCGAUUCGGAUGUGGACUUCGAUACCGAUGAUGACCUUCCGGUUCACCCCAAGUGGAAAUCGAGUCAUGUUGCUAAUGAAAAACAGCAUAGUAGAAAUAGAGGGGCUAGAGAUUUUGGUUCGGAUGAUGAUUCAGAUGAGGAGAUUGGGUAUAAUAGAUCGAAAAAGAACGAGAAGAGAGGAGUAUCUAAAAGAGGAGGAGGAAGAUCCAGUUUUAGAGAAGAGUCUUUCUCUGGAACAGAUUCCGAUGAUGGUGAUAGGCAAAGAGGUAAUAAUGCAUAUGGGGGACGGGGGCAGGGGCGGGGGCGGGGGCGAGGGAGUGGGGGCCGUGGGGGUGAGAGAAUGGAUGAUCGGAGAAGCUCUAUGAAUAGAGGAUUUGAUAGGUCAUCUGGAAAGAGAAACAAUGGAGAUUUUCGAGAGAGUUCAUAUAAUGGCAGAGAUGGUAAAUUUUCAAAGCCUAGAGGAGGAGAUAGAAAACAAGGCAGAGGAGGAGGGUCGUUUGGGAAACGAGGAGGAGGAAGAGGAGGAGGGAGGUCGAACAGAUUUGAUGAUGGAGAUAGUUACGAGCAUGAAGAGAGUAAUUUGAGACCCAGGGCGAAUGUGCGAUGA